UUGAAUUUUAAUGUUUGUUUUUUUAUUUGGAAAAUAGCCUCGGAAUAGUCUUUUCCCUGAUGUACGCUCGCGAUAGUUGCAACUAACAUCCAUGGAUUCUGUCGUAGCGAGUUUAACGAAAAACCGCCGCACCACGUUCGAGCGGAUCGAGAAGUUCCUAUCCAAAGAUUACUUCGCGGAUGUGGGUCUGCGUGCACGCAUCUAUCCUGCCACGCAGCCCGUUGUCAGCAUUCUGCACUGGAAUGCGAGCGCUGCUCGCACCCAGCGUCCUCUCGUUCCCCACCCGUCGCACGAUUCUGAUUCCGAUGGGGACGAUGACAGUGGACCGGAAUGGAAGGUGCCAGUGCCUGGUCGGGAUGCCUUCGCCCCGUACACCCUCGGUGAACCCUUCGGACCCACUUGGUCGACGCACUGGUUCAUCGUGGAUAUCUGUAUCCCGGAAGCGUGGAUCGGGCGGGAAGUGCAUCUCCUGUGGGAUUCCGGCAGCGAGGCCAUGUUAUACGAAGCCGGCGGGACCGUCCCAUUGCAGGCCUUUAGCGGGGGCAUUGAUUUCCAGAUGCGCGACUGCUACGUGCUGAGCAAGCAGCUGACAGCCGGUCAGCGCCAGCGGGAAUUAUGGCUGGAAGUCGCGUGCAACGAUCUCUUCGGAGCGGGUGCCGGUGGGAUGAUUAAUCCACCGGAUCCCGCGAAGACCUUCAGCGUCAAGAAGGCCGCGGUGGCGCUCUUCGAUCGUGAAGUGUUUGAUUUGUUCACGGAUUUCGAAAUACUGUUCGGCAUGGCCAAAUGUCUCCCGGAGAAUAAUCCGAGGAAUUAUCAAGCCAUGUACUUGGCUAACCACAUUAUCAACACUUUUAAGACUGAUCCGUCUGUUAAAAUAUCCCAGCUGCGCAAACUGACAUCGGAGUUCUUCGCCCAGAAGAACGGUGACAGCCAGCAUGAGAUCUUCGCCUUGGGACACUGUCAUAUCGAUUGUGCGUGGUUGUGGGCGUAUGACGAGACCAUCCGCAAGUGCGGCCGCAGUUGGAUCACCAUGAUCCGCUUAAUGGAGGAGUAUCCGGAUUUCCGGUUUGUGGCUUCCUCGGCACAGCAGUUCCGCUGGGUGAAAGACCAUUAUCCGGUUGUGUAUGAGCAGAUUAAGAAAUUUGUCAAGAAAGGUCAGUUUCUUCCGGUCGGUGGCACCUGGGUGGAGAUGGACGGUAAUCUGCCCAGUGGAGAGUCGUUUGUCCGACAGUUCCUGUACGGACAAAAGUUCUUUCAAGAAGAAUUCGGAAUUAAAUGUGAUACAUUCUGGCUGCCAGACACAUUCGGCUACUCGGCACAACUGCCACAAAUCAUGCGCCAGGCGGGUAUCAAAUAUUUCCUUAGCGCUAAAUUAUCAUGGAGCCUUGUUAACUCUUUUCCCCAUCAUAAUUUCCUGUGGCGCGGAAUUGACGGUUCGGAAGUGUUGGCACAUUUCCCGCCGGGCGAAAGCUACGGGAUGAAUGUGACGGUGGAAGAUGCCUUGAAAACCGUGGAGAAGUUAAAAGACAAGGGUCGUGUGGCGCAGAGUAUGAUGCUGUACGGUUACGGAGAUGGCGGUGGCGGACCGACGCCGGUUAUGAUCGAACGAGGAAGAAGAAUGAAAGACGUGGACGGUAUCCCGAAAAUCUCUCUGGAUAAGACUGUUGCCGACUUUUUUGCCGCGAUGGAGAAGGAUCGGAAGAACUUGAAUGUGUGGAGCGGGGAGUUGUAUCUGGAGUUGCACAACGGCACCUACACGACGCAGGCAGAGCUGAAGCGGAAUAUUCGGAUGGCGCAAAAUCUCUUCCGUGAUGGGGAGUUUCUCGAUGCCGUGAUGUACGCGUUCAUUGGGAUUGAACCGGUCGACCGCCGAGAACAGUGGCAGGAUUUCCUGUUACAGCAGUUUCAUGAUGUACUUCCGGGCACUUCGAUCGGGAAGGUCUUCGAAGAUGCAAACAAUAUUCUCGGUAGUCUGAUUGACACGUUAAACCAGGACUGCGUCUCCGCGCUGAAUUUCCUUUCGUCCAGCCAGCCGCCGUAUUUCAACGCCAGCUGCGGAAAUAUCCACUACCGCAAUCCCCAAUCCGGGAUUUUUGCAGUCCUUCCGCCGUAUUCCAUGACAAACGACAUUCGCUACCUCAACACAUUCCCUUACACCAUCAAAAUAGAGAAACUCAAAGACGACUCCAUUCGCAUGGAGAAUCAGUUCCUCAUCGUUACGAUGAACCGGCUUUGUGUCAUUUCGUCCAUGUUGCUCAAAAAGUCACGAACGGAUGUGUCGCGGGAGUGCGUGUUUCCAUCCGGUCGAGCCAAUGAACUGGUGCUGUUUGACGAUGUGCCGCUGUACUGGGAUGCUUGGGAUUGCAUGGAUUAUCAUCUGGAAGCACCGGGUCGAUCUGAUUAUCAGGUUGUUUCGUUUGAAAUUGGGCAGGCUGAUGUGACGAGUGUGUUCCGCGUAUCGGAUGCGUGUCCAGUGAGGAUGCGAUUAUUUAUGCAUCCGGCUGCGCCCAUCGUCCAGGUGGAAUGUGAUGUGGAUUGGAAGGAAAGACAUAAAUUCCUGAAAAUGCAGGUCGAUGCGAACGUGACAUCAGAAAACAGGAAAGCCACGUAUGAAAUUCAGCACGGCUGGCUGGAGCGUCCCGCGCAUCGCAAUACGUCCUGGGAUUGGGCCAAAUUCGAAGUGUGCUGUCAGCGCUGGGCGGAUGUGUCCGAGUACGGUUUCGGAGUGUCGGUGAUCAAUUUGACCAAUCAGGGAUUUUCCGUCCGCAAUAACACGAUGUCGCUGUCGUUGUUGCGGUCGCCCAAAGCACCCGAUCCCGAAGCCGACAUGGGUGUGCAUCCCCUAAAAUACGCCAUCAUGCCGCAUUGGGGGUCGUUCCAAGAAGCUCAACUGAUCCAGCACGCUUCCUCUUUGAACGAUACCUGGGAUCCUGCAUAUGAAACCCCCACCGAUUCCGAUCAAGCCCAACGCAGUGGUUUAGUGCGAUUUUUCACCAUAUCCGAUCCGGCAGUGAUUCUGGACGCGGUAAAAACAGCGGAAAAUGGUCAGUCGCGUGCCAUAGUCAUCAGAUUAUACGAAAGCUAUGGCGGAAGUGCCGUAGCUGCGGUGGAAACGCUCUUUCCCGUGGAAGCGGUGCAGGAAUGUGAUUUACUGGAGAAUUUCGUCGGCGAGAAAACGCCAGUGAAAGAUAAGAAAUUUGUGGUGACGCUUCGGGCUUUCGAAGUUAAAAGUUUUGUUGUGUUCUUGACGUCGACUACCCCAGGACAUUGGUGAUAGCUUCGGCAACUGCUUUUUCUGUCAUUUUAUUUUUUUAUUUUGUUCCAUUUGGAUAACUUUUGUCUGCUAGUACUGUACCUUUUAAUGCUUGAAAAUUUAGAAUUACCGCAACGAGGAGUACCUGAAACAUAUUAAGCAGGAAGCUUGCAAUGGCAUUGCGAAGCUUGGGCUAAAACAUUACACAACGUACUUUGUUACCUCUUGUUC